AUGUUCUGGUCUUGGAUCCUGACGCCGGAAUCAACGGCCUGGGUAUUUGUACUAUGCCAUUACUUUAGGCACCUAUUAAGAAAUGAAACAAUCAAAUAUCUUCAAAAUUCAUUGGUUAUUGUUACUGUGUGUGCUCGAAAUGUUGAUCAAUAUUUACCUUUAUUUCAGCAGAAAGUUACAGAAAUCGUAUCCAUCUUUAAAGAUUAUCAAAUUUUAAUUGGUGAGUCAGAUUCAACAGAUGAAACAUGGAACUAUUUAAAGCAAUGGGCACUCAUAGAUUCUCAUGUUACUAUUGAAACCUAUGGCGAAUUAUCGAAAAUAUAUUGUAGUCGAUCUGUACGCAUCGCUCAUUGUAGAAAUCGUUUAUUAGAUACAGCACGUAAAAAUGGCUGGCUUAGAGAAGCACCAUUUUAUCUCGUCAUGGAUGUUGAUGUAAAUGCAAAUAAUGUUUUAACGUUAAAAAAUUUCUUGACGAAUUUUGAAUAUCCAUUAGAACAAUGGGCUGUUAUGACAGCUACGCAAGAUACCAUCUAUUACGAUAUUUGGGCUUUGAGAUCACACUUUGUAGACUACGAUUGUUGGCAAAUGGUCGACAACCUUGCUAAUGCUGGCUACUGUCACUCAGCACUCGUUGAAAAGUUUGUUGGAAAUUUUCAAAAACCUAUUCCACAUGAGUAUGGUUUGAUUGAGGUUCAAUCAGCAUUUGGUGGAUUUGGAAUCUAUUCUACCAAAUAUUUAAAUAAUUGUGCAUAUUAUGCCUAUACGAAUUAUGAAAUAUGUGAACAUGUGACAUUUCAUCAGUGUAUAAAAGCUAAUGGUGGUAGAAUAUUUAUAAAUUCUAGAUUUAGAAAUGCAGGAACCUAUGAAACUUGA